AUGCUGUCGUUCAGCGUGGAGCCGCACUGGUGCGGGGCGCUGUACUCGCUGUGCGCGCGCCACGAGCGGGCGCUGCCGCUGCCGCACCUCGCCGACGCCUUCGCCUGCUCCGCCGCCGGGCCGCCGGUCGACGUCGACUGGAUCGCCGUCGCCGGCACUUUCGGCUUCGAGAUUUGCUCGCUCUCCUCCACCUGGGCGCUCGCCUUCGAGGCAGUGAAAGCAAGCGGUGUCAUUCUGCUGUUGGGCGUUGGGAGCUUAGUCUGUUAUAAACUGUACAAUUACUACUGGCCAAGGUCGAGGUCACGACUUGGCUCUCCUGAUUCCUCACCUUCACCACAAAGGCGUUCAAAAUACUGUGUUGCCUACAGUUGUGCUCAUGGUGAACUGAUUGAAGAUGUUGAAGAGGAAGAUGAUGUGGACAUUCAGGGUUGUUACUUUGGCCCACUUGAUGAAAAGGAAAAAGUGGAAUGGUCUGCUCACAGUUCAGAGAGUGAGGCAGACACAGAUCCAAGUAAACUGUGCCGAUGUGUCAGACACUGCCCUGUUCAUCACAAGGCACCAUGUUCAAGCAGGCAUAGACAUCCACGACUCAGGUGGAGGUGUCCUAGCCAUAUGACUUCAGCUCCACAGCAGAAGCCAACCACAUGGCUUUUAAGGAAACUAAGCGAUAUGAUGAAUAUUGCAUCAGGACAUCAGGUUGCUGUUGUAGGAAGUCACAUUCCUCAGGAUACACCAAGUUCAAGAGAAAUAGGAAAAUGCCAAUCAAUGCAAGUACAACUUUUGAAGUCAAAAGAGGAACCAAUGCUAAUAUCUUUUUCUGAAGAUAAAGAUUUUUAUUGUCAAGCCUGUCAUGAAAUGCCAUUGCAUACAGAUAGAAUUUGUGGAGAAACUGUGACAGAUACCCCUCAUUUAAUUAGAGAUGAAUCAUAUGACUCACUUGGAUUCUCCAAGGGGAUGCCAAGUGAAGGGUCAUUGGAUAGUGUCUGCUCAGAACUUAGCUUAGAUUUAUCUUUACCAGAAAUUUCUUUGGGAACAAGUACAAUGGUUCGUUUUGAAGGCAUACAGCAGGUAAUUAAUCAGAUAAAAAGUAACUGUGACAACAUGAGUGAAGACUUUGAGACAAUUAAAUGCAAUAGAAAUUUACCUGGCAUGUCCAGCUUAAUGAAAGGGGGAGCAACUUGUGAUCAAGAUAUAAAAGAUGCUCUUCCUGAAGAGGAAGCAGAAAAUGUCAAAGAGCAGCGAGCACGGGCCUGCUUUGCAGGACUAUACAGCCUUACUGUUAUAAACAAUAGCACAUCUUCUGAACUUUCUGAUGCAUGUCUAAAUACUGAUAAUAAACAAGGAAGCUUUGGAUCAGCUGAGUCAUUUGAGUGGGAUUCUCCAAAUCAUGUAAUAAGUACAGAAGUUUGUGAAUCACCUAGUAAUUCAAAAAAUAUUUGUGUUAGUGAAUCAGAAGGACUAAAUAGUGCUAGUGACUAUAUCAAAACUGGCGUAAAUAUUGAGGAAGGAAGUGCCAAAUGUAAUGAUGCAGAUUAUUUACUCUAUCGUCAGUCUAUAAAAGUAAAUGAAACUACAGGUAUAACAACUGCUGCAAGUGAAGAUGACUUGAUGGCGCACUUGGAAUGGGAUGAUGAUUUAACAGAGUUCACAGAAGCAAAUGGUAACUCUAAACUUGAUGGUGACUUUAUGCAUACAUUGGAAACAUUGGAAAUGGACAUGGAAGCAGAGCUUCAAAUGGAAGAGGAUUUUGCGAAAGAUGAUUUUCUCAUAGAUGGUGCAGAUAGUGCUAUGACAAGCUUCAUCUCAACAAGGAGUGGUACUGAUACUUGCUCAAUAGAGAAGUAUUCUGGAAUGGAAAGCAGUGGAUUUGGGAGCCUCAUGCUUGACUCUAGUACAUCAGUGACUUCCCAUAUGUCACCCACUGAUGGAAGUCAAAACAAGGAACCACACAUAUUCAACAAUGCUGAAGAAUCAGCCUACAUAGACUGGGAUAUGGGUCCAGAGCAACCUAUCAUACAGGAUCAACAAGAAGUGUAUGAGAAAUCGAUGGCCUACAGUAGUAGCUGUACUAGUGAGAUUUCAACACCAAUGACUGAAAAUUCUUAUUCAGAUGUUGCAUCUCCUUCAGAAGAGCACAGUAAAGAGCCCACUACUGAAAACAUUGGUAGCAAAGUAGAUUUGCUGCAAUAUGCUCUUAAGGAAUGGAAAGGAAGCACAAAGAAAGCCGAGACAAUCCUGAAGGGGUAUGCUGAAAUACCAUCAACACUGGGAGUUUCUCAUUUACGGCGUAUACGUGGUGACAACUAUUGUGGUGUUAGAGCAGCAGUUUUCCAAGUUUUGGCACAAGGUCUGACAGUGCCUUCUGCUUACAGUACAUUACAAUAUCUAAUGAGCAGUGAAGGGCAUAAUUUGGUACAAGAUUGGACGUUUGCUGGUAGAUUACCAUACGAAGGAAGUAAUGUACUUUUUGGCAUUGAAUCCUGUCUGCAGAGCCUAGAUAAUAUGCCUCGUCUGCUGGCAUCACAUAUUGCAGACAGAGAAGAUGAAGUAACACAUAUUUUAAAUUCUGAUCCUACAAUGGACCUGCACAUAAUGGAAGCAGUUAAACUACAUAUGCUUAAAAAUGCUAUUGAACUGUACCAUAACUACACAAAUGGGGAAGAUGUUCCAUUAUUUGCUAUGUUAAUGUUCUCUCGAGACACUUCAGAAACACCCCGAGAACUGAUGAGAAAUCAUUUACUUGAAGUUGGAAACACAGCUGGACUGGAGCAGAUUGAAAUGUUCCUUUUGGGUUUUACACUUCAUGUAACAUUACGGGUGGUAAGACCUUCAAUGUAUGGUACAGAAGAAUACAUAUGCUGUUAUCCUGAAAACAGUAAUGAGAACUGGCCUCAGGUGCUCCUCAUAGCAGAGGAUGAUCGACAUUACAAUGUUCUCGUUGAAUGAAGCAGAUUAGAUCUUGAUGUAUUUAUACAGCUGGAAGAGAAGAACCUGAGAACAAACAGGACAUGAAAUGUUAUAUAUAUACAGCCCAGCAGACUUAUAAAAUGUGUUCAGAUAUUGAAAAUUCAAAAUAAAUUUUAUUAUCAGUUCCUGAAUUGUGAGAGCUUCUAGUGUGUGCUUGAUAUGGCUCUUGGAAUUACCAAACGUGUUCAGUUUUUCAUUCAAGUGACUGUUCUGCAAGACAGAAGAAUUUACUAACCGAGAAAAUUGCCACCAUUACUGAUAUUAGCUAAUUAGUGAUUAGUGAUAUGGCCCAUAUGUAAAGAAAAGUUGUGCGCGCGCGCGCACACACACACACACACACACACACACACACACACACACACACACACACACACACAGAGAGAGAGAGAGAGAGAGAGAGAGAGAGAGAGAGAGAGAGAGAGAGAGAGAGAGA